UUUAUGUGCUCUAUUGUAAACUCACUUUCCAUCAUUCCAUGUGAUUCCACGUAUGCUAUUCAUUCAUCCCACAUAUGAAUUGUGUAGAGAGAGAGAGAGAGAUGUGUAUCUUUCUCGUGGUCAACCUAUGAGGGCAAAGAGACAUAAGAAAUUUUCAUAAUCCCACAAACCAGAUUCGUUACUAUACACAUUUCUUUUCUUUCAUUAUUAACAAGUCCCCACCUAACCUAUUUCCCACACUUUCCUCAACCUUUACAUUUCUUUCAAGACGAAGAUUGCUCUACCUCUCUCUCUCUCUCUCUCUACAGCUCCAUAGAUUCAAGAUUUUAUGCUCAAAAGCUAUUUCAAUAACAUUUGGUGGUGAUUUUUGCAAUUUAAUAUUAUGGGUUUUGGUAUUUCCGAUGGUGUUUGUAACACCGGCCUUGGUUUAGCUCUAAGCUGCCAUGACAAGCAACAACACUGUUCUCAAUCCGAUCAUCAUCUUCAACAAAAGAAGCAGAAACUCUCCCUCAAAUAUGAUCACAUGUUCCCCUCUCUGACGUUAGGCCUUCCACAAGAGCCGUAUCCAUCUGCUGCUAAGGUGGAAGCUGAUUUUCAGCCACAAGCUUCGUCUCCUAGUGCAGUAUCCUCGUUUUCUAACUCGAGUGUCAAGAAAGAGAGAGAGUUUUGUGGUGAAGAAGCAGAAGUUGAAAGAGUUUCUUCAAGGGUUAGUGAUGAAGAUGAAGAAGGAAGUCCCAGAAAGAAACUUAGACUUAACAAACAACAGUCUGCUACUCUGGAGAACAGCUUCAAGGAGCACAGCACUCUCAAUCCUAAACAAAAGCAAGCCUUGGCAGAACAGCUGAAUCUCAGGCCACGUCAAGUAGAAGUGUGGUUUCAAAACAGAAGAGCCAGGACUAAGCUGAAGCAAACUGAGGUAGAUUGUGAGGUACUGAAGAAAUGUUGCGAAACACUAACAGAAGAGAACAAGAGGCUGCAAAAGGAGCUACAAGAGCUUAAAUCCUUGAAACUGACUGCACCACUAUAUAUGCAGCUGCCUGCAGCCACCCUUACGAUUUGUCCUUCUUGUGAGAGGAUUAACAGCGGCGACGCCUCUUCUACCACUACUACUUUGACGGUUGGACCAAAGCCUCAUUUCUACAGUCCCUUCACCCACCCAUCUGCAGCUUGCUAGGCAACCUAGCUACAUAUCUGAGCCCCGAAAACAAGUAUUAUUUUUCUUCAUGGACCCUUAUGUGCCAUAUGAUUAAUGAUUAAGAACUAGAUACUUAAACUAAUUUUGUAGAGUCUUCUUCUUCCUUCCCUUUUCUCUCUAUCUAGCUCUUAUUUCAUCUGUACACAUGCUUGUAAAGUCUUAACAAAUCUAUGUUAAGAAAUUUAUUACUUAUUUGUAGGGAAACUUAUAAAACUAUGCUAUUCAUGUGUACAAAUGGAGAAAGCUGAUCCUCUUGACCAGUUUGUA